AUGGGGGCAGACAGUGGUCCGGGAGCUCCUGCAGCCGUCCCGUGGCGUAAAGUCCUAUACGAACGCCAGCCUUUCCCGGACAAUUAUGUGGACCGCCGCUUUCUGGAGGAGCUGCGGCGCAACAUCCGAGUGCAUCAGUACCGCUACUGGGCGGUGGUGCGCGAGACGGGGCUCAUUGCUCAGCAGGUGUCCUGCGUAGCCGUCUUCCUCACGUUAUGGUCUUACAUGGAGCAGGGAGACCUGGUGCCGUCCGCGGUGCUCUGGGUCUGUUUAGGCUGCGCUCUGCUGGGCUACGGACUCUACGAGUUCCUAGGAGGCUCUCGUGUUCGGGAGCGAACGCACCUGGCCGACCUGCAGAGCGCCGCCAUCUUCCUGGCGUUUACCUUCGGGUUUUCACCGGUGUUGAAGACUCUGACCGAGUCGGUUAGCACAGACACCGUUUACGCCAUGUCAGCCGUCAUGCUCUUGGCUCACUUGGUGUCCUUCCCGUAUGCUCGGCCCAGUCCGCCGGGCAGUCUUUCGCUCAACGCGGCUCUUUUCGGCUCGGUGUGUCUGGCGUCCCGGCUGCCUGGCGCCCUGCAUACCUUCACCAUGCUGAACUGCGCCCUCCUGGUGUUCGCUCUGUGGCCCUGUCUGCUGCAGCGCGUGCGGGAGAAGGCCGAGUGGAGCUUCCCGUGGGCCGCGGCGCUGGUGUGUCUGGCUGGAGUCGGGGGUCUGGGGCGCCUGUGGCCCGAGGGCGCUCUUCUGCUCUCGCUGGCUCUGUUAACACUAACUUUAGUCUGUCCACUGUUGCUGGUCCUCCUGCAGAGGCACAAGGACAACAUCCACGGCCCUUGGGACGAGGCAGAGAUUAGAGAGGACCUGUCCCGCUUCUUGAAUUGAAAAUGCAGGUUUUAAAGAGCAUGCUUUUGAUAAGAUUCCCUUUGGAGGGAUGAUUUUGUUUUUUUUUUUUUAAGAGAAAGUUUACCUAAAAAUAAAUCGUCUGUCAUCGGUUACAAGGUUUGUGAUUACAAACCUUGUACAGUUAGAUUUUUUUUCUUGUGGAACAUGAAAUACAUUUUUUUGAGGAUAUGCUGGUAACAGUUUUGUUUGCCUUUGACUUCUGUUGUAGAAACACUUUCUUUUGUGUUCCAGAGGUUAAAAUGACAGAUUUUUUAGUUUUGGGUAAGCUGUGCCUUUAACCUCAGGGAAAAAUAAGAACGGCUGCUGGGAAAUGUGUUUUCAUUUUACCAGUAUGAAAUUAAAUUAUUGUUAGUGUCAAAAAACAUGUAUAGGUCACAUUUAUUAAAAAGGUAAAUUUCAUUUACUUCAAAAAAUGAACCACUAAACAUAUAAUUUUUUAGACAAAUAAUAUGAUGUUGGCUUUGGUUUAUAAUCACUGUUUUGUGAUUUUAAAACGAUGGAAGUAGGGAAUGGUUUUUAACAGUAUUUAUAUAUUAACGUGCAUAUUCUGGUUCUUGAUUAAACGUUUAAUCAUUAAUUGCUCAUAUUUUAACAUGCUCACUAUGUUGGAAAUAAAUGUUUCUAAUAUAUAACAUAUAUAUAGUUUCUAAUAACUUAUGUAUGUAUGUAUGCAUGUAUGCAUGUAUAUGGAGGUGAUAGGAAAUUUGGACAAGCUGUUGCCCACAAGAGGUCAGUCAGUCCCAGGUAUUUCUGCAGCUUUAAUCGUUGUUCCUGUAGAGCAGCAUAGCAGCAGGACAUUUCUGCCAGUGUUGAAUUGAUAGAAUAUAAUAAGCCUUUGUUGGCUUUUCUGUGGUAUCAUUUAUAACUGACAGAAUAACAACUCGUACAAACAGUCUGUGUGACACCGCAAUAAAGUUGCCAAAUUAAAGCAUUCUGUGCAAAAA